AUGAAUCCUCAACAGUAUUUAUCUCCUAUUGGAAAAUGGGAGCACCAAAAUAAAGUUAGUAAGUUUUUCCAUCCUACAAAACAGAAUUUUGGAAUCAACAGAAGAGCUGAUGCAAAUACUCCAAUUGAAAUCAAUUUUGGGCCUGUUCACUUAAGAUGGCAGGAUGGCUCUUGGACAAACUUGAAUCUUCCUGAGCAACCAGCUAAUCCAAAUCCAACUCUUCAAGAGAUUUCAAAACUUCAACGCGAAAACGCUCAAUUACAAGUUGAAUGCGAAAUUUUAUUACACAUGCUUACGGUUUCGGAAAUGAAGAAGGUUAAAUUCCAAAAUCGCUUAACCUCAUUGAAAAAUCAAAUUGCUUCAAUCUUAGAGCAAAUUGAGAAGGAAGAAGAGAAUAUGGAAUAA